GGACAGAGAAUCAGAGAGAGAGCGCCCGCGAGUCUGUCUGUCUGUCUCUGGGAAGGGAGAACAUCUCUGCUUCACAGUGAUUUGCCCUGGGGAGAGGCAUCAGUUGGCUUCAGACCCAAGAGAGAGAGCAGACCAAGUCACCCGGGUUAAGACUAAGUGAGCGUGGCCCCUCCCUAGCCCACCUCUCUCUACCCGGGAAUGUCGCGGCGAAAGCAGCGGAAACCCCAACAGUUAAUCUCGGACUGCGAAGGUCCCAGCGCGUCUGAGAACGGUGAUGCUAGCGAGGAGGACCACCCCCAGGUCUGUGCCAAGUGCUGCGCACAAUUCACUGACCCAACCGAAUUGCUCGCCCACCAGAACGCAUGUUCUACUGACCCCCCUGUAAUGGUGAUAAUUGGGGGCCAGGAGAACCCCAACAACUCUUCGACCUCUUCUGAACCUCGGGCUGAGGGCCACAUUAGUCCCCAGGUCAUGGAGGCAGAGCACAACAGCCCUCCGGAUUCUGGGUCCGUUGUCCCCACAGAUCCCACCUGGGGCCCAGAGCGGAGGGCAGAGGAGUCUGCGGGGCACUUCCUGGUCGCUGCCGCAGGUACUGCAGCUGGGGGAGGUGGGGGCCUGAUCUUGGCCAGUCCCAAGCUGGGAGCAACCCCGUUACCUCCAGAAUCCACCCCUGUGCCCCCGCCUCCUCCACCUCCUCCCCCGCCCCCAGGCGUAGGCAGCGGACACUUGAACAUUCCUCUGAUCUUGGAAGAGCUGCGGGUGCUACAGCAGCGACAGAUCCAUCAGAUGCAGAUGACUGAGCAAAUCUGCCGCCAGGUGCUGCUGCUUGGCUCCCUUGGCCAGACAGUGGGCACCCCUACCAGUCCCUCAGAGUUACCUGGGACAGGGACCACGUCCUCUACUAAGCCCCUGCUUCCCCUCUUCAGCCCCAUCAAACCCGUCCAAACUGGCAAGACUCUGGCACCUUCUUCUUCCUCCUCUUCCUCCUCCUCCUCCUCAGGGGCAGAAACACCUAAGCAGGCUUUCUUCCACCUUUAUCAUCCGCUGGGGUCACAGCACCCGUUUUCUGCUGGAGGAGUUGGGCGAAGCCACAAACCCACCCCUGCUGCGUCCCCGGCCCUGCCGAGCAGCACAGAUCAACUGAUUGCAUCCCCUCAUCUGGCGUUCCCAGGCACCACAGGAUUGUUGGCAGCACAGUGUCUUGGGGCAGCCCGAGGCCUGGAGGCCGCUGCCUCCCCAGGGCUCCUGAAGCCAAAGAAUGGAAGUGGUGAGCUGGGCUUUGGGGAAGUGAUGGGCCCCUUGGAGAAGCCUGGUGGACGGCAUAAAUGCCGCUUCUGUGCCAAAGUUUUUGGCAGUGACAGUGCCCUGCAGAUCCACCUGCGUUCCCACACGGGGGAGAGGCCCUAUAAGUGUAAUGUCUGUGGCAACCGCUUCACCACUCGCGGUAACCUCAAAGUGCAUUUCCACCGGCACCGUGAGAAGUACCCGCAUGUACAGAUGAACCCUCACCCGGUGCCGGAGCACCUAGACUACGUCAUCACCAGCAGCGGCCUCCCCUACGGUAUGUCUGUACCGCCUGAGAAGGCAGAGGAGGAGGCAGCCAUGCCCAGUGCUGGUGUGGAACGCAAGCCUUUGGUGGCCUCCACUACAGCACUCAGUGCCACAGAGAGCCUAACGCUACUCUCCACCAGCGCAGGCCCAGCCACAGCACCUGCGCUCCCUGCUUUCAAUAAGUUUGUACUCAUGAAAGCAGUAGAGCCAAAGAGUAAAGCGGAUGAAAAUACCCCUCCAGGCAGUGAGGGCUCCGCCAUCGCCGGGGUGGCGGAAAGUGGCACAGCAGCCCGCAUGCAGCUAAGUAAGCUGGUGACUUCACUGCCCAGCUGGGCACUGCUUACCAACCACUUGAAAUCCACCAGUAGCUUCCCCUUCCCCUAUGUGCUAGAGCCCUUGGGGGCCUCACCGUCUGAGACAUCCAAGCUGCAGCAACUGGUAGAGAAGAUUGACCGACAAGGAACCGUGCCUGUGGCUUCUACUGCCUCAGGAGCUCCCACCACCUCUGCCCCUGCAACUUCAGCUUCCACCUCAUCUGGACCGAACCAGUGUGUCAUCUGCCUCCGGGUGCUGAGCUGUCCUCGAGCACUGCGUCUGCAUUAUGGCCAACACGGAGGUGAGCGGCCCUUCAAAUGCAAAGUGUGCGGCAGAGCUUUCUCCACCCGGGGCAAUCUGCGUGCACAUUUCGUGGGCCACAAGGCCAGUCCUGCUGCCCGGGCCCAGAACUCCUGCCCCAUCUGCCAGAAGAAGUUCACUAAUGCUGUUACUCUGCAGCAACAUGUUCGGAUGCACCUAGGGGGCCAGAUCCCCAACGGUGGUACCAUGCUCCCUGAAGGCGGGGGAGCUGCUCAGGAGAAUGGCUCUGAGCAAUCUGCAGUCUCUGGGGCAGGAAAUUUCCCCCAGCAGCCUUCCCAGCAGCCAUCCCCAGAAGAGGAGUUGUCGGAAGAGGAGGAGGAGGACGAGGAAGAAGAGGAAGAUGUGACUGAUGAAGAUUCCCUGGCAGGAAGAGGCUCAGAGAGUGGAGGUGAGAAGGCAAUAUCGGUGCGUGGUGAUUCAGAAGAGGCAUCUGGGGCAGAGGAGGAAGGGGGGACGGUGGUGGCAGCACCCACAGUUGGGAAGGAGAUGGACAGUAAUGAGAAAGCAAUUCAACCACCUUCUCUGCUGCCGCCACCACCACCACCACCUGAUAGCCUGGACCAGACACAGCCAAUGGAGCCAGGAGGCAGUGAUGUUGCAGGAAGCACGGAAGAGGGGGGCAAACCAGAAAGGAGCUCAAGCCCAACAUCGACACUCACCCUGGGAGGGGAAGGUAGUGGCACCAUGGUGGAGGAGCUGAGCAUGCAGGAAGCCAUGAGAAAGGAGCCAGGAGACAGCAGUAGCCGAAAAGCCUGUGAGGUGUGUGGCCAGACCUGCCCCACCCAGGCAGUCCUGGAGGAGCAUCAGAAGACCCACCCCAAGGAGGGGCUGCUCUUUACUUGCGUUUUCUGCAGGCAGGGCUUUCUGGAGCGGGCUACCCUCAAGAAGCACAUGCUGCUGGCUCACCACCAGCAUACAGCUUUCCUGUCAAGUGAUCUGCCCAUCAAGCCCCAGAGUUCCAGCUGCAUCACCGCUUCAGGCCUGGAACCAGCAGGGCUGUUUGGCCCAGGAACUGUGACAGGAAGGUGCCUCCAGCAAUGGGAUCCAGAGAGGCCAAGAGAAGAGAGUUCCUUCUUCCAAUUUCAGCCUCCUGCAUCCAAGGUGGCGUCUGAGAAGGCCAUCGUAGAAGAGGACUAGCAAACUGUACAUUACUUCUCCUGCCUCUUGCUCCCAAAGGUGCCAGAGGCGAAGAUGCAAUAGUGUGUGCAUGUGGUGUCUCAGCUGGAGGGAGUAGGAUGAAAUGAAGGGAGUUGGACACUUUUCUCUCACUCUUCCCUCAUGGUCACAUCAAGGCAAAGGUGUUGGCUGGUUAAUAUGCCAGCACAUGGCCAGCUUCUCACAGUCCAUCAUGACCUCUCAAAUUUAGGAAAUGAGGAUUUCUUGCCAAGAGGUCUUCCAGUGGGAUGUUUUGGGAAAUAUGAAGUUCAUAUCUUUAACCAGUUAUUGUUGGUGAGGGUUGCUGAAGGACUAAUGAUGGAGAGUUGAGGAGUGUUGCUAAAGCAUCAGCUUGCUGGGAAUCUAUGUGAUUAAGAAAGGGAUGUGGUACAAGGGAUGGGAGCUUGAAUUCUUGACUGGAUGGAUCUCUUGAAUGUUCUUUUGGAUUACUGGUGAUUUAGUGUGCAAUAGUGCACCACGGGUUAUGGGGGAUUUCCUAGCACUAGUGUGCAUCUAGUUUUAGAUAACUCCCUCCUUUAUUCCCUGGCCCCUUAUAUUUUCCUCUUCUCUCUCAAGGCCCAUUUCCUCCCCAUUUUGCCUGUCCAUAGGCUGGGGCUUAUGUCUCUGCCACCGUCUGGUUCUUAGAAUCCCAGACUUUGGGAGAUGAGCUCCAAGUGGUGUCUUCCCUGCAUCUCUGUCUUGUAAUGAGGUGUAGUAUUUACUCUUAACAUAUGAUUAUUUGGAACAGGAGCUCUGAGGAGGAGAGAGUAAGGGUUUUGCUCUUGACUUGACUGAUUUGAGUAAUGGCUUCUCCUCCAAAGGUGUAGGCUCCAGAAUUUCCUAACAUAGUAAAAUGUGAAGAGCAGACAGGGGAGACAUUAGUGUCUUUCCUUUUUCAUUAAAGGUGUUUUA